AUGCGUCUCGUUGUACAUCCGAAACCUGUUCAACAUCAAACCAUGGAUUUGCCCAAAACAGAUUUUGUCGAAUCAGAAACGUUGACGAUUGAAUGUACAUUUGACCAAAAACCAGAUGAAACAUUUGAAUUUUUAAAAGAUAAUCAACCGUUAAUCACCACCGACAAUCGUAUUACGACAAAUGUUGAUGAUAAUACAAAUACGUACAAAAUUGUCGUUAAAGAUUUGAAACCCACAGAUGAAGGCGUUUAUACAUUGAAAAGUGAACAUUUAAUAUUGGAUACGCCACAUAUUCACGUAUUACCAUCAUCGGAUAAAAAGCGUCCGUCUACUACAGAGGAAACGAGUGUCGUCGAAGAAGAAACCGAGGAAAUUAUUAUUCAACCAACAAAACCAUCUACCAUCGACGAAAACGAAAUUAAAAUAGAAGAAGAAAUUGUUGAACAAGUAAGAGAGAGAAAAAUGAUUUGA